AACCUUGUCAUAUUGUAGAAUACUAUCUGAACCAAAGAGUAUGUAAAUCUGAACCUUGUCAUAUUGUCACUAGAUUGUUUGUGAUUGUUGUGGUGUGGCGCCAAGACAAGAAAUAAUAUUUUAUUGUGGUACAAUGUGGUACAAACAAUAAUUGUAAAAUAAUUAUAUCCAUGAUUAAUAAUAUAAGAAACAAAAAUGACUAAAGAAACUAAACUAUUUGAGAAUUUUCCUAUAUUAUGUACGAAUCCUAAGGUGCUAGCUUUGGAAACUACAUUGCUUCAAUCAUUUGCUAACUUCAAAGACAUACUGUUGGAAUAUGAAGAAAUAUUUGCAGAGUUAGAAAGCUACAAAAGUCAAAUUUUUAUACAGAAAGAAAAAUGUGAAAGCAAAUCUUGUAAAAGUUCACAAUCUUUAAAACAAAUUAUAAAUGAAAAGAAUAAAAUGAUCCAAUCAAUUGCAAAUAUUUUAUUAGAAAUAAAUGAAACAAAAGACUUAGACACAAUAACAGAUGCAUUAAAAAUUAUAUCAUGUGACCUGUCACCGUUGAGUCCACAAAAGUCAACAUCGGAAGAACUAUCUCCUGUCUUUGAACCAGCAAGUAUAUAUGAUAAAAUAUCAAGUAAUUCUGAUAAAGAAUUCACCUCCACAUCUGAAAUUGACAGCAUUCCUUCAGGCAGAAAAAGUCCCAUCAUACAAACUAAAAAGUUUCGGAAUUCUUCAGAUUUAGUUAUAGAUAAUGUUGUACAAGAAAAAAAGAAAUGUCCAGAAAUAUGGCCAACUCCAGAGAAAAAGAUGUUAAAGCUUGUCUUUGCUACACCGGGAAAGAGCAAAUCAAAUGUGAAACAGAGACAGGCUCGCUUAAAUUUUGUGAAGGAGAAAACAACAACAGUUGUGGAUUUAACAUGUUCUCCUAAGGAAUCUGACUACUCCUCCAACAGUAUGUCACAGAGUAUCAAGAAGGAAGUAUUUGAAAAUGAUGAUACAAUUCUUCCAUCGCCCACUAGCGGACCUAUUCAUUUCUCUUCAGUAUAUAAAUCAAUGUGCAAAAGCAGUCCGAGAAAGAUGAAAAAAACACUGUCAUUAAAUAAAUUAAAAACCAAGGAAGCUAUCUGUGAUAAUAAAGAAAAUAAAUCUAUUAAAGUUGAAGAUAUUACUAAAGAUGAUAUGGAAGAAAUUAGUAUUAUAAAAGAAACCAAUAAAUCCAGUACUACACCUAAAAAAUUCAAAACACCGCUAUCUAUAUUUAAUAUGAAAACAGAAUGCACCACAUUUGUUGAUGAAAACAAUGAGAAUUUAUCCAAAGAAGUAACUGCAGAUAAAGAAAUUGAAGAAUCUAUUAAUAUUUUAAAACAUUACCCAGAAAGAUUCACUAAAAGUCCUUUGAAGCCUCAAAGUCCAAUAUUGAACUUGCAAAAUCAAGAAGCAAAUGAAAGCAUAUCUCUAUUGCAGAGAAUUAACCAGUUCGAUAAAAAACAAGAUGGCGCACAACCGUGCAGCCCAACCAAAAGACCAUCUUCACCGAGUGAUAUACCAGCCAGUUUGUCACUUCUAAACAAUAAUUUCACCGCAAAAAUAUCUAAUAACAAAGAUAUUUUCAAAAGAACGAAACCAGUUCCAGUGGAGCCAAUGUUCAAAGAGCCAACUGUGAGGAAAAAAGCUGAGAAACUCGCGUUACCUGGAUGGAGUUGUGAUGAAUGCAAACAGUUCUACGAUGAAUUAUACAAAGAUAAUCCUGAAAUGCUGCGUCAAAAGAUGUCGGAAUGUUCGCGGCAUCGCGGACGUCGCGACCCCGCGCGCCCCCGCACCCCGCCCGGCUACUGGCAGCCGCGCUGGCAUGUACCCAACGAUACCGACGAGUUCAACCGACUCAACGAUGCUAUAUGACACUCGGCAAUUAUAGGAGAAUCAACAAAGUUACAUGAAACUUAACACUAUAUUGGAGUCAACAAAGUACACAUGAUGUAAGUACUUAAAAAUAAUGGUAAAGUGUUUGAUUUGUUAUGUGUAUAUAUAAUUUGUAAAUGAAAAAAUUAAAGACUGUUCUAUUA